GUCAUAAGUCGUAAUUACUUCUUUCACCAGGAUCGUUCGAUUAUUUGCCACGUCAUCAAUCCGCGUGAAUUAUCGUCUCAACGGCUGAGAUCACUGGUGCAGUGCCUUCCUGCUACCACGAACGAACAAGCUCUUCUUUAUUCCUUGUUUUUUCAACUUUCUUGUUUUCACCAAAAAAUAAAAAAAUUCCGUAAAAAUUUCUGGAAAAAGUUUCUGCGGCAUCUUCUAAUCAUGGCACUAUGCCAGUUAUGGAACAAGAGAUUUGGAUUUGAAUGGAGAAGAAGACACUGAAGACGAGAGUGGAGUGAAGAACACCGUAGAUGAUGACAACGACGAAGACGGCGAUGAAGAAGAGGAGGUUGAGGAAGAUGCGCAGGUCUUGCGGUAGGCCGGUGGCUCAGCAAUUCGGUCAGUCGACGAUGACGAUGAGGAUGAAGAUGGAGAAGGCGGUGAUGACGGGGAGGACGAAGACAACGAAAGGGACGGCAAUGAAGAGAUGAUGUGGCGGCUUAAUUUCAUGGUAUUAUUUUGCUGCAUCGUCCUCAAUAACAGCUUCAUCUGUGUACUACAUUUGUCUUAUGCACACACUUUUCACCCUCGUGGUUUGCGAUUCUGAACAAGUAUAAUGAGAUUGGAUUGAUCGUAGCUGCAAAAAUCAUUGCCUGCUUCUUGGUAAUCAUCCUAUCAUGGGAAAUUCUUGAGUGUUCAAAAUUGUUUGGAGCCUGUUUACUUUUCGUCUUGGAUACAUUGAUCCAGAUGCUUCAAAGCUGAAUUUUCCCUCUUGCAUGAGUGAAAUUUCCGCUCAGGCCUUGAUCAUUACAUAUGGAUCAUUGGAAUGGUCUAUGCAUACAAUUAUCCAAUCGUUGAAAGGUGGAUGGAAAAAAGUUGAGGAGAUGGAUUUGAAGUGCAGGAUUUCAUUGAAAACAGCUGUAGUUUUGAUAUUGCUGGUGAUGGGAUAUCUUUGGCUUGAGUACAUAUACAAGCUGGACCGGGUUACCUACAAUAAAUAUCAUAUAUUUACCUCAUGGAUUCCAAUAACUGUAUACUCAUGUUUGCGGAAUGCCACCCAAUAUUUCUGUAGCUAUACUUUGACCCUCUUUGCAUGGCUUGGAACGAUUACCCUCAAGACAUACAUAUCACAGAUCCAUAUAUGGUUGAGGUAUGUUGAAGCAAAUUUGUGCAUUAUUCUUAUCUUGCAUUGAGAGAGAGGCUCAUGUCCUGAAUUCUGCCCACUUCUUGAGGUUUGUAUGCUCAUCAUUUGGUUGGUGUUAAUUUAAGGAACUUUUUUUUUUUUAACCUUCGAGACAUACAUCACAGAUCCAUAUAUGGUUGAGGUAUGUUGAAGCAAAUUUGUGCAUUAUUCUUAUCUUGCAUUGAGAGAGAGGCUCAUGUCCUGAAUUCUGCCCACUUCCUGAGGUUUGUAUGCUCAUCAUUUGAUUGGUGUUAAUUUAAGAAACUAAAAACUGAGUUUUUUUUUGAAUACAUGAAAACUCGUUUUGAACACAACCUCAGCAAUUUGGGGGAACAGAACACUUGGGUUACUCUGUAUUCCUGAUACACGUAUGCUUGAAAUUUGUCCAAAUGUAUUUGAUCUGUCUAAGGAUGAUGACCUCAGUUUCUUGCAUUGAAAAAAAUGACACUACCUCAGUUUCUCUUGAAUGCGCUGAUCUGGUGUUCAAGAUGGUCAACCUAAAUUAUUGCCGUCUCAUCCCAAAACUACCUGCUGUUGAAAUUUUUGCUCACUACAAUAUACAUCACGGUAAGUGAAAGUGGUAAGGGUUACACGUAUUUUGAAAAUCUGGAUGCAACUCAUGCGCUGGGUUUGGGCUUUCAUGCAGAUCGCUUACAGUCUAUUUGACUUAACAAAUACUUCGAAAAUUGAAUUUGUACACAAUUAAGGACAGAGCAUAUAAUCUACAACAUGGUUAGAGGAGCAGCCAUUGCAACAGCUUUAUAAUACUCUGUCCUUUGGAUUCGUAGAAGUGCCUCAGAUGCUGGUGAGAUGCUUCCUUCAUGUUAUCAAGAGUUUGAAGUCGGGACAUCCAUUCAUGGGAUUCAUUUGCUGCCCAGUAUUGAGAAGCAAUCUUUGGCUCAAGUAAUUAACAAUACUGAUCGUGACUGCAUCUUGAAAGGAUAACACUGUAACAAAACAAAUUUCGUGUUCCUGAUUAAAUUCAGCUUAAUCCUUUAGUCUGCUCAGCUCAUUUAAA